AUGCGCGUCCCAGGCUCUCUGGCGUUGACCCUGGCGUGCGUGGGGCUGGCCGUGACCCUGCCGGCGAAGUUGGACCAGGUUGCAGCCAGGGCGCAGGGCUACAACCUCCAGCCUCCUCAGCAGAGUGGCUACAACUACGAACCUCCACAACAGCCGGCGAACCUGUAUGAGCUGGGAUCGAGGAGUAGCUCACGCCUACGAGAGAGCUUAAUGGCGAGCAUCCUCAUACCUCCACCCACGCCGGACGCCCACGAGACUCAAACCAGCAAUCUACAGCGCUCGCCCGUUGUUACACUCUUUUGUAAACGCUUGGCACGCCCGGGUCCCACACAAGCCGCCCAAGGCCCUUCCCACGAUAAGAUCCAAAGGCCCGGGCGCCCUGCAAGCCGUCAGAAAUGCCCGACUGCCUCGGUGUUCACGGACGGGCCUUGUAGGGGCAUACGCGAGACGCCCUCCAGGAAGGUAGCUGAGGUCAGGAGUUUGAAGUCUACCCUCAAACUCCACGAAUCUCCGUUUUCUCUGCCGCAGCCCGCCCCGACGCCCGCCGCGCCGGCCAUGAUGGCGGGAAUGCCCUACGACUUCGGCUGGGGCGUCGACGACCCCGACUCCGGUAACCAGUUCUCGCAGAAGGAGGAAUCCGACGGCAAUGUUGUGCGAGGGGAGUACCGCGUGCUGCUCCCCGACGGCCGCCUGCAGAUCGUGCGCUACUUCGACGACGGUUCAGGAUUCAACGUCGACAUCACGUACGAGUAG